UUCUCACCCACUCACUCGUUCGCAUUCUUCCUCUCCGUGUCUCUCUCUGUGCUUUUGUGAACCAGUUAUUCAUCUACUCCCAGGGACUCGGGGAGGGUGGAGACUUGGGGACCAGCAGUGCCAGUCACACUGUGUCAGUUUUUCUCUCUCUCUCUCUGUUUCUCUCUCUCUGGCUCUGACUCUGUCGUUUCCCCCCUCUGUGCGCAGCCUGUUUGUACCAGAGCGGAGCAGGAGGGUGGUCCUGCUGGCAUCUGUACUUCACUGUAACUGUGGAGCAGGAGGAGAACAUUGGGUGUUGGAAACUCUAAAAAGGAGAGAGAAUGGCAAUCAAAAUGAUACAUGAAGUGGUGGGCAACAUCAUGAGGUUUUACGAGUACCUCCUUAGGAGAACAGAUGCCAGGGUAAGGGACUACCCACUAAUGCAGAGCCCAAUUCAAAUGACUGCUGUCCUGCUGGGCUACAUCGUCUUGGUGCUGUACGUGGGGCCUCGCUACAUGGCCAACCGCAAGCCCUUCCAGCUCAAGCCAGCCAUGAUCUUCUAUAACUUCUCCAUGGUGGCCUUCAAUGCAUUUAUUGUCCACGAGUUCCUGAUGUCAGGAUGGGCUACCACCUUCACCUGGAGAUGUGACCUGUGUGACUUCUCCAGCAGUCCCGAAGCACUCAGGAUGAUUCGGGCUGCCUGGUUAUUUUAUUUCUCUAAAUAUAUUGAACUUAUGGACACGGUGUUCUUUGUGCUGCGUAAGAAACACAGCCAAAUCACAUUUCUGCACAUCUUUCACCACUCCUUCAUGCCCUGGACCUGGUGGUGGGGCAUCACCUUGACACCUGCAGGGGGGAUGGGGUCCUUCCACGCCAUGGUCAACGCUGUUGUCCACGUCAUCAUGUACUUCUACUACGGCCUCGCCGCCGCCGGACCCAGGUUCCAGAAGUUCCUCUGGUGGAAGAAGUACAUGACGGCAAUACAGCUGAUCCAGUUUGUGCUGGUGUCCGUCCACAUCUCGCAGUACUACUUCAUGGAGAAGUGCGACUACCAGGUGCCCAUCUUCAUCCACCUCAUCUGGAUCUACGGCACCUUCUUCUUCAUACUCUUCUCCAACUUCUGGGUGCAGGCCUACGUGAAGGGCAAGAGGCUGCCCAAGGCUGUAGAAGAUGCGGUCAAGCCCCACCAGAACGGCACGGCCAGCGAGUACACCAUGGCCAAUGGCAAGCACACAGAGAACGGCUUCACGCACCACAUCAAUGGCAACGGUCACUACGGGAAAGUGAAGGAGGUCUAGCUUUCACAAGGGGCAGAGGAAAAAAAAAAAAAAGCUUAACCAUUUAACAGAACCUCCAGGAAGGUCACAGACUCGAGUUUGGUUUCGUUUGCGCAGAAGUGGGGGGCCGUUUGUACCCUUCCUUGCUAUUUUUUGUUUGUUUUUUGACGGGGAAACUGUGGAGCACGACGUAUGAAGAAAGGACCUCUACCCGGAGUCACCUCCACUGUUACUGCCCAUGAACCCAGGGUCAGACCUGCCGGUAUAGGCUCCCCAGUGACAUUUGCUCCACCCCCUGAACCCCGCCCUUCCUUUCAGGCAGGAAUGACUGGGAGGUGGGAAAAACACUGUUGUACAGCUCCUAUCGAUAAACUUGAACACAACUGUAAAUAUAUUAUUUCACAGUCAAAACCAAUUUUGGAUUGGUGUG